AUUUUGAUCAUUACUCUGUUUUGCAUACAAAACUAUUUACUGAAGGUAUCACUACAUGUGAUGAACUUAUUUCCAUAUGAUUUUGCAAGGCCAUUUGCAGGAAGUGAAUUUUCCCGUUAUUUUGGAUGGUUUUUUCAUAUUUGGUUGUAAUAUUUGCAUGUAUAAUUUUUUAAGUAUGAAAAGUGAACAGUUUAUCAUUUUCCUAAUACUUUACCUCAAUGGAACAAGUUAUGCUUGUAUGACACCUACAAAAGAAGCAGGAGAAUGUAUCAAUAUAAAACGUUGUCCAUCAUUAAUUCACCUUCUUAGGGAGAAAAAUAAUACAUCAGUUAUUACUUUUCUUCGGAAUUCCACAUGUGGAUACGAAAAUAAGGACCCAAAAGUUUGUUGCCCUAUUAAAAUAGAACCAUCAAAAAAUACAGAAGAAAUAAUUAGUAGUCAAAACAUUUACGUACAUAAUAACAGUGAUACAGUGACAACAAUUAAACCAAAGAAUCCUUCUAAUAAUUCAAUGCUAUUAUUUCCCAAUGAGUCAUUAGAUAGUACAUGUGGUCACAGUGAUGAACGCACCAUUAGUAGAAUCGUUGGCGGAGUUCCUGCCUCUUUAGGUGAUUGGCCAUGGAUUGCAGCUAUUGGAUAUCGUGAUAUUGAUAAACCAUCAAUGAGUCCAAAAUGGAUGUGUGGUGGUGCUUUAGUAUCACGAAAAUAUGUUCUUACAGCUGCUCAUUGCACUGUAAAUAUUGGCAAAAGAAAAUUAUCAGUGAUCCGCUUAGGAGAUUUAAAUUUGGAUCCCGAAAUUAAUGAUUCAUCUGAUCCUAUUGAUGUAUUGGUUGAUGAUAUAAUCCAUCAUGAGUUAUACAAUUCAGCAAAUUUUUUUAACGACAUUGCAUUAUUGAAAUUAAAUGAUUCUGUGGAAUUCAAUAAAUUCAUUCAACCUAUUUGUUUACCAAUCGACCCCCAAAUAAGAACCAUGAAUUUUACGACAAAUUUAGCAUAUGUUGCUGGAUGGGGAGCAUUAGAAUUUCGUGGACGUUCGAGCAAUGAACUAUUUGAAACUCAAUUAUAUAUCGUGGAUAAUGCUAUGUGUAACACUGCAUACAAUAACUUAAAGGCAACAAUUAGUGAAAAUAUGUUAUGUGCUGGUACAGAACGAAAAAAUGCUUGUCAGGGUGAUUCCGGAGGUCCUUUGACGUUAUCGAUUAAAAAUCAAUAUUAUUUAAUUGGUAUUACUUCAUUUGGAUUCAAAUGUGUCGGAUCAGGUUAUCCAGGAGUAUUUACUAGAGUAACCGAAUAUAUUGAAUGGAUUAGAGAAAAAAUUCAUUAAGGAGCAUAAAAAAAUGUUUUAUACAUAUUACUUAAAUUGUUAAUACUGUAGAUACUUAAUGUUGUUUCUGGCAAAAUCAAAUUAUAUUUUAAAAUUGUUUUAAUUAAUAUUAAUAAGUUCUACAUAAAUCAGGAUUAUUUUAUAUUUAUAAUUUAUAACGGUCAAUUUAUAAUUUUAUUUCUGUAUUUGACAUUGAUUAAUAAUAUCCAACUUAAUCCUAAUUAUGUAUCUUUUAUUAGAACCAAAAAUCUUAAAAAUCAUAAUUCAUAGUGAUUUAAUCAGUUACCAUAUUAUAUCAUAUUAUACGUAUUUUUAUUCAAUACUUAAGAAGUUGAGACUUAUGUAAUAUUAUUGCCCAAAAGAAGAUAUUUGUUAAAUUUUUUUUAAAGAUUCUAUCUAGAAUAAAACAUGAUUUACGAUGGUAAUAAAUAUUUAUAAGUUGUUACUUUGUUGGUUCUCAGAUGGGUGAGUAUACGAGAACUUUAGCAGUCACACACCAUGCUCCCAUACAGGUUCUUUUGGCCAUAAUGAAGUGUCAAGUAAAAAACAGGUGUAAAAUUUUGUCGAAGCGUUGAAACAGAGCCAACCUCAAAUAUGUAGUUAUAAUAUGUAAUAUAGAUUAUAUUAGUGAUAAUA